CAAUGUCAAAACGGAACAUAUACAUUCUCAUCUCCGGAUUUACAAUUAAAAAAUAUUUGCAGCAAUCACUUAUUUCAGGCCAGCAUUAAGGCUUCUCUGCAAACUUGUUCUCAAGCCAUUAUUUAUUGCGAAAUGAGCAAACAGCGAGUUAUUAUAAUAACUCGCCGGACCAGUGUCCCAAACGGACGGGGCGCUGUGCUGUAGCGCCCAAUCGCCACCAGGUGGCAGCAUCGCGGUUGCGCAAUACAACCACGAGCGAAGAAGAGCGCUCGGAACCAAAACAAUCCCAAAGUUGCCAGCGAGGCUUGACAGAAUGAGGCGGAAUUCAACAGCAUUUCAACUUUCGUAAAUGCUUUACAUGACUCGAAUAACAACGUGACGAUCCGGGAGUCUUGAAACGGAUUCUCGUAGGGUGUUAAGGCGCCGAAGCGGCGUAUUUCAUCGUCUUCGAGAAAGUUGCUCGACCUAUGGGCCGCACAUGGCCAUAUUUGGAGCGCUCCAGACCGGUGAGAUGUAAACAAUAUCCAGCCGCACUCUUUCCAAAAUGUCAGCGGAGCAGAAGAUCGCCAUCGUGAUGGAGGACAAGACGUACGAGGUGAACAAGAGGAACCUGAUCGAGAAGAGCGACUACUUCCGUGCGCUGUACAGUUCGGGGAUGAGAGAGUCCAAGGUGGACUCCGUGCAGCUGCAGGGCCUGAGCGCCCACGGCCUGGAGCUGGUCCUGGGCUUCAUCAACACCUCCAAAGUGGAGAUCGCCAACGAGACCCUGGAGGACCUGAUCGAGACCGCCUCCUUCCUGCAGGUCACCUCAAUCCUCAAACUCCUGACGGCCGAGAUCCGGCUGGACAACUGCGUGGAGCUCUACAGCCUCUCAGAGGUUUACGGAACCCACGAGCUGCGUGACGCCUGCCUCAAGUUCAUGAGCUGCUACUACCACCCGGUGAUGCGACGGAGCGAGUUCCGAAGCCUGCCGCCCGCCGUCAGGGAGCGGGCGAGGGAGAUGCGCAUGAGGGGCGUCGCCACCCUGGUGGCCAUGGGGGACUUCAGCAGCGUGUGCCCGAACACGCCGGGCCGGGACGAGCCCUGGUCCAUGCUGAGCUACAGCGAGGCAGAGCAGCGCUGGAUGCCGCUGCCCAGCACUCCGACGGACGCCGUCAGCGUGCGGGGCUACGGUUCCGCCGUGCUGGACAACUACCUCUUCAUCGCCGGGGGAUACCGCGCCAGCAGCCAAGAGGUCUCGGCCGCCCAUUGCUACAACCCUUGCAGGAACGAGUGGAACCAGGUGGCGCCGCUCAACCAGAAGCGGUCCAACUUCAAGCUUCUGGCCGUGCAGGGGAAGCUGUACGCCGUGGGGGGCCAGAGUCUGGGCACGGUGGAGUGCUACAGCCCGGAGAACGACUUCUGGACCUGCGUGUCGUCCAUGCCCGACCCGCUGGCGGAGUUCUCUGCCUGCGAGUGCCAGGGCAUGAUCUACGUCAUGGGCGGGUACACGGCGAGAGUGAGGAACACCGACCUCCUGCGCUACUGCCCCGCGAGCGACGCGUGGACGGCGUUCCGCACGUGCGCCGUGCACGUGCGCAAGCAGCAGAUGCUGUCGGUGGAGGACACCAUCUACCUGGUGGGGGGGUACACGCACAAGCUGGAGCACGCCCGGCGCUGGCUCGGCGAGAUCGAGGACGUGCUCGCCGUGCAGUCGUACAACGUCACCACCGGCGAGUGGCUGCAGCUGAAGGAGAACGCGUCCAAGUCGGGCCUGAACCUGACGUGCGCGCUGCACAACGACGGCAUCUACAUCAUGAGCCGCGACGUCGGCCUGUCCACCAGCAUGGAGCACCGCAUCUUCCUCAAGUACAACAUCUUCACCGACGCCUGGGAGGCCUUCAGGCACCUGAGGGCGUUCGGACAGAACAUGCUGCUCUGCUCGCUUUACCUCCCCGACGUCCUGUGACGGAAUCCGAGGCCGCUGACGCGCUCGUCGCCCUGACAAUGGAACGUAAACGCACCUACAAAUUGAGGCCAAACCCAGCUGACUUGCACUUUGUUUCACACUCCACGCCAACAGAGGGCGGCAUUCCUAAGCGGCGUUUGAUGUUGAAACUCCAAAAAUAUUGUUCAAAAUGGGAUUCAGUGUCCAAUGAUGGGGGUCGGGGGGAAUCUAUUUUUAUCGCACGUGUGCCUUCUCCGUUUGAAAGUUGAUCCCUCCGAACAAACCAAUACUGCCUGUUUUUUUUCUUUCUGCUGUUCAAGCAGACUGGUUUUGUAUCAAUAAAUAAAUAAAUGAAGGUGCUUUUCGUUCCUUGUUUGUUUAAAAAAAUAUUUUCAGGCGAAUGCUGGCACCUGAAUGACAAAGCUUUGCCGUUCUUUGUCAGUGGAAAAAUUCACUUAUUUAGCUUCCACUGAGGCGGCACAAGCUGGAAAAGCAGUUCUGAGGACCCGGGUUCGAUCCCGGCCCCGCCUGUGUGGAGUUUGCCUGUUCUCCCCGGGCCUGUCUGGGUU